AUGCUGGAGAAGGAGGUAGCUGACUUGAGGGAGCAAUUGGCGGCGAGGGAGGAGCUGAAGAAGGCAUAUGAAACUCUACAAAAGGAGAACGAGAGCUUGCAGGCAAAGCUUGACGCAGCAGGAGCCCCAACGAAACCAGCGGGGCCUCCUUCCGCAGGGGCCAAGUCUGUAGAGAAGCCUGAAAAGGCUAUCCUAGAAAAGAUGCAGCUGAAGCCCACAGCAGAGCUGGAGGCCGAGCUGGGGGUCAUGAGACGAAAAGCAGCAGCCGCGGAAGAGCUUGAGAAGGAUAUUAAGCGUCUGCAGGAGCAGCUUCGUGCCAGUGAGGAACUGCGGGCAGCUUAUGAAGCCCUGCAAAGGGAGGCAGAACAGCUGAAAGAGCAACUUAGCGAACUGGGACGCAAGGGAGGGCAACCAAAAGAGCCAGUAGGGACCCAGGCAGUUGAUAAGGGGCACUUACCGGCGGCCGGUGAGCUAGAGGCUGUGCUACGAGAACGCGACGAACUUAGGGAAAAGGUUCGGGGCCUAGAGAAGGAGAUGACUGCCCUUGCUGCGUCAAUAGAGCAGCCCGGCACUGUCACCCUGGCAGCAAAAGGGGUCCCGGGCCAAAGGGGUUCAGAGGGGGCGCUGCCAUCUAAAAAGCCUACGGCGCCGCUGUUGAAGAAAGAGCAGGUAGAUUCUGCGAAAGCCGGAGCUGUGGCAUUGCCAGCUGGUGAACAGGGAGAAAAGACAUCACCAGAGGAGAUUGGUGAAGUGAUCAGCAGAGCUGCAGGCGUAUUGUCGCCUGUGCCUGCAGCGGCAGCAGAAGCAGGAGCAACGGCAUCCCCUGUUGGCGGCAAAUUUCCGCCACCAAUGAAGCUGGAGCCUUCUGUUGGAAAGACAGCAUUGUCUUCCACAGGUAAGAAAUCCUCCAUAAGCAAGAAGGCUGAGCAACCGAUUAAACAUGGUGAGACGCUACCGAAGAGAGCCAACAAGGCGCCUCCUCCCCCUCCCAAGCUUGCGGAAAGUGAUACCAAAGUGCCUCCUCCACCGAAGAAGGCUCCUCCAGUGGAAGCUCCGACCGGAGAUGGAGUUGGAUUCAAUGCAGAGGCGAAGGGCAAUCUUGAAAAGGAAAUAGCAUCUUUAAGGGAGCAGCUAGCGGCUGCAGGAGAGUUGAAAAAGACUCACGAGGCUCUCCAGAAGGAAUUCGAGUCGCUUCAGGGCGAGCUCAGGGCCUUGAAGGCGCAAGCAAAGGGUGGUGGGAUUGAGGUGAAACCAGAGACGGGCGAAGUUGAAAACUCGGAGCGGCACGAGUCAGAACUUCUGCGCACAGAAAGAAAUUCUCUGAAGGAACGCGUGGCUGCGCUGGAAGCUGAGUUGUCAACCCUUAGGGGAGCCCAAAGUCGGGAGGUUGAAACGUCACCCCCGAAAUUAGAGCCCGGACAGUCUCCUUUGCCCGCUAAGACGCCUAAAGAAGCCGGCACAAAAGCAAAGGAGGCACAGACACCAGAAGUGGAUGGCGAGAGAAAAGGUGAAACUCCUCUUUCCUCUGCGGAUGCGGAGGCAGCGAAAGAAGAUACUGACGGUGAGGCGAAGCCAGUAUUGCAUCCAGAGAAGCAAGCAGCUGGAGAGGGCCCUCCGAGCAAGGCAACCCUUCUGACUGAGGAGGUUUUGUCCAAGUCCGACGCAGAAACAGAAGAAGGGGACUCUGAAAUGGACACUUCUCCGGCAGAAGAACGUGUGGCCGAGCUGACGGAGCGGUUACACCGGGCCAAACGCCGAGUGCGGAACCUUGUGAUAAAGUGCAACGCCCUUGUGGAAAUGGAGAAGGAACGCGAUGCUCUUCGCAGCCGACUAGAGUCCCUGCAGGCUAAGCAUGAGGCAAUCAGCAAACUACACGAGAAAGAAGCCAAAGGAAAGUCAGCGAUGACUGGGGCGGACAAAUCAGAGGGCUCGGACAUGCUGAAGUCGGCGUCUGCUGUAACUCUCCCUGUGUCUGCAGUUGCGUCAACAGUAGCGGAUGACCCCGAAAGUGUCUCUACAACAAAAACAGGCCUUACAACGCAGAGCUCUUCAGCCCUGCUGGAUGUCCGGCCUCCUGCCGACUGGGCUGCGAAGUAUGAAAAGCUCAAGGCUCAGAGGGACAAAGUGUACCAGGCAUACAAAGCCCAGAAGGAGCGCCUCACCAAGCUAGAAGAGGAAGAAACAAUCACCAAAGAAAAGCUAGAGAGACUUGAACGUCUUUACGAAGAUACGAAGGAGGAGCUCGAGAUCGCCACAAGGUCCCCUAAACAGCGUGAAGGAACCGAAUCCACAGGUAUUCUGUCCUGGCUGGGUGGGGGAGCACAUGAUGAGAAGACUCCAGAGGAACAGAAGCUGCGGGCGAGGCUAGAACUGUUGCAGCAAAGACUACAGAAGGCUCUAGCAGAGAACGAAGCCCUCAGUGACAAAUUGGCCCAAAUGAGAACGUCACCAGCAGGGUCUCCACGUGGCGACAGGGAGGCUGGGGACCAGGCCACAUCUCAGGAAUCUCAGGGAACAGAUUCUCAGCAUCUGUCGCCUGAUGCGGUGGUGAAGAAAGAAGGCAGUGUGCCAUUGAGAACGAAGGCUGUUAUUGCAGCGCCCCCUGGCUCUUUCCGUGGAGGAGACUCGGUAGACUCGGACGCAGAGCGCAAGUCACUUGCAGAACUUAAGGAGCAAAUCAGACAGAAAGAUGUCCAAAUAGAUAAAUACAAAGCGGAGAUUUUGGAGCUCAAGACAGCUGCCACCCCUGCGUCUCCGGUAGCUGCGGAGUUGGCGAAGAGGGAAGAAGAGCUUCAGGCCAAGGCUGCAGAGUUAGAGAAGGUUACGAAAGAGGCAUUGGAGAAGGACAACGUCAUAAAGGAAAAGACUGAGGAGAUUAAGACCUUAAAAGCCAGUUUAGAAGCCUUGGAGAAGGAAAAGCAACAAGCACUCAGCGACAACAGCGCGUUGAAGAAAGAGCUUGCGACACUGCAGAACGAGCUGGAUUCUCUGAAGGCCGGUCGACCGGCUCCAACCCCUGCCAAAGAAAAACCCAAGCCGCCGGCUUCUGCAGACGCAACGCCUUCAUCUACGAAAGCUGUCAGGCGGUCUUCCAGUAUAGCGAAACGAAUGCCAGGGCUUCCACCGCCCGCACCCGCCUCAAAGGCUGAUCGCUCAGACACGGCAGUGGCCUCCGCGGCGAGGGAGGAGGCGCAGCAAGCUGCCAAUCUGAAUCCGACACAGGAAGUUACGACAGGUCCUACUGGGGACCAGCUUCCCAAACCCGAAGAACGUUCGGCAGAAGUAGAUGAAGAGGGAGAGCCUUCCCAUAAUGAAGCAUCAGGAGCGCAGACCGUUUCGAAGAAAAAGCCCAAGAAGACAAAUGCGGAAGUUGACGGCGAACAUAAGCAGAAGAAGUCGCCAAAGGAGGAGGACUUGGAGGGCACGAAGAAGAAAAAGAAGAAAAAAAGGAAAGGAGAUGCGCCGAGUGAGAGAUCCGGCCAACCCUCCGAUGUGGAGAGCAUUAACCAAGAAAAUGCUGGUGAGACUGUUGCAGCAGCCGAUGCGACGCCUGGAUGGGGAUUCGGGUUGUUUGGAAAUAGGGAAGGAAUUACUGAUGCUUCUAAAAGGCAUUCCGACGCACAGGAUGCAUCACCGUCUGCGCCUCGUCCCUCUCUUCUCGGGUUAAUUGUCGGCUCGGACCAUGCUGAGGAAACCCCCAAAGGAAACGAAGUUCCCCCCUUGAAACUGUCCACUGUGGACGGUGCGGAUGACCAGAGCGACAGUUCCUCGAGUGACGACGGCGAGACGGACGGAGGUAUCACCAGCACAAUAGCGGGUUUCUUUUGGGGAAUCUAA